AUGCCACCUCGAAAACGUUCAUCAAGUUCAUCAUCAACAUCCGAUGAAUCUCCAGCACAUCGUUCCUCAUCACAUCGAACCAAUAAUGAAAAAGAUAAGAAACGUUCGCGGCGUUCAUCUAGUCGAGAUAAACAUAAACGUGAUGGCAAAUCAUCGAAAAAACACGCAAAAAAGAGUAGUAAAUCUCAUCGAUCUCCGGUUAGAGACAGUUCAUCAGCAACUGAUAAAGAACGUAAAUUACCUCAAACUUCUACUAGUCAAACGACACCAGCAUCAACAGCUGCGAAUGAACCUCUUGAUAAAGAAGCUGAACAAAAACGUCUUGAAGAAGAAAUGCAAAAACGUAAAAAUCGUAUUGAACAAUGGCGAGCUGAACGACGAACUAUGCUUGGCAUCGAUAAAGUUAUACAGCAGUCGGCUGCACAAAUAGCAAAAGGUAAAGCUUGGUCACUAGAAGACGAAGGUGAUGAAGAAGAAGAAGAUUUACAAAACGUUGUUAUGCCAACAACGGAUAUUAAACGUGAUGUUGCUGCAGCACGUGAAGCAUUACUAUCUUCACAAGCAGAUAAACAACGUGAAGCACUCGAACGUGCGGCAGAAGCAGCUGCAAUUGCAUCGGCUGCAUGUGCUGCUAAUGCUGCGAAACUUGAAGCAGAACAGGACGACGACGAUCCUUUAGAUAAGUUUAUGGAAACGAUUGCAAAAGAAGUUAAAAGUUUUCGUGGACAAAAUGCUACGAUUGUGUCAACAAAAUCCAAUGAAAAUAACACAAAAGGAAUUAAACAGGAACAAACAUCAAACAAUGGCAAAGCAUCAGUUAUUAAAGUCAUUACCAAAAAGUUCAACAGUGAAUCAGCUGGACCAACUCUUAUCUCAAACAAUGGUACGUUGCCAACAACGAAUGGUCAUCAUACUAAUGUAUCGGCAGCGAAACCGGAACCCAUGGAUACAACUGAUCAAUCUUCUGCAGUUACAUCACGUGUUUCAGUUCGUAGUGGUGUAGCUAAACGUGCUAAAGAAAAAGGUCUUAUUAUGGAACAAGAUAUUGAUGGUUUAGAAUAUUCAUCGGAAGAAGAAACUGCUAAACCAGCUGAAGAGUUUGACGAGUUAUUUGCCAUGAGUACUAAAAAAUCGAAAGCAGAUAUGAUCACAACCAAUCAUGAAAAAAUAUAUUAUCGACCAUUUCGUAAAAAUUUCUAUACAGUUGUCCCUGAAAUAGCUUGUAUGACAGAACUCGAGGUUGCUGCUUACCGAGAAGAGCUCGAUGGUAUUAAAGUAACUGGUAAACGAUGUCCGAGGCCAAUCAAGGCUUGGUCACAAUGUAUUACAUCCGAUAAAAUUUUGCAAUGUUUAAAAAAAUCCAAUUAUGAAAGGCCAACACCAAUUCAAGCUCAAGCAUUAUCAAUUAUUCUUUCUGGUAGAGACAUGAUUGGUAUUGCUAAAACAGGCAGUGGUAAAACAUUAGCAUUUCUUCUGCCAUUGUUCCGGCAUAUAAAAGAUCAACCGCCAUUGGAAGGCGAUGAUGGUCCAAUAGCUAUCAUUAUGACACCAACUCGUGAAUUGGCAUUGCAAACAACAAAAGAAUGUAAAAAGUUUUCUAAACUGUUUGAUAUCCGUUGUGUUGCUGUCUACGGUGGUACCGGAAUAUCAGAACAAAUUGCAGAACUUAAACGUGGUGCAGAAAUUAUUGUAUGUACACCUGGACGCAUGAUUGAUAUGUUAGCUGCAAAUGGUGGUAAAGUAACAAAUGUUCGGCGAGUUACUUAUGUUGUUGUCGACGAAGCCGAUCGAAUGUUUGACAUGGGCUUUGAACCACAGGUGAUGAAAAUUCUGGAUAGUAUUCGACCUGAUCGUCAAACAGUUAUGUUUUCAGCGACAUUUCCAAAACAAAUGGAAGCAUUAGCACGUAAGACUCUUCACAAGCCCAUUGAAGUUAUGAUUGGUGGACGUAGUAGUGUUUGUGAAGAUGUCGAACAAAAUGUUGUUAUUCUUGAUGAUGAUCAAAAAUAUUUAAAACUACUCGAAUUACUUGGUAUUUAUCAACCGCAAGGUUCUGUUAUCGUUUUCGUCGAUAAACAAGAACAUUGCGAUGAAUUAAUGAAAAAUUUACUAAGAAAUUCAUAUCCAUGCAUGUCAUUGCAUGGUGGCAUAGAUCAAUACGAUCGUGACUCAACAAUGGUAGAUUUUAAAAGGGGUGAUAUGCCAUUAAUGAUUGCAACAUCGGUUGCUGCACGAGGUUUAGAUGUAAAAGAUUUAAUUCUUGUUGUUAAUUAUGAUUGUCCGAAUCAUUAUGAAGAUUAUGUACAUCGUUGUGGACGGACGGGUCGAGCAGGAAACAAGGGCUUUGCUUAUACAUUUAUUACACCAGCACAGGAACGACAUGCUUGCGAUAUUAUACGAGCUUUCGAAUCGUCUGGUACUACUGUACCGGAAGAUUUAAGAUUAUUAUGGGAUGGUUAUACUAAGAAAAUGGAAGCGAUGGGUAAAAAAGUCAAAACUACUGGUGGUUUUAGUGGGCAUGGUUAUAAAUUUGAUUCCUCGGAAACACAAUUGAAAGAUGAACAAAAGAAAAUGCAAAAACUCGUAAUGGGUUUAGCAGAUUCGGAUGAGGAUGAAGAAAGUCAAGAUAUUGAUCAACAAAUUCAAUCGUUAUUCAAUAGUAAGAAAUCAGUUAAAGCCAAAGGUGAUGCACCUGUCUUACCAAAUGCACCAGCUGCUCAAAAUGAAGAUGGUAGUGGUUCAACUGCUGCCAAUGACACAGCAUCAAAAUUCGAAAAAGCUAAACAAUUAGCAGCUCGGCUUACAUUUACGAAAGCAGAAACUCGAGAUUCUAUUCAAGAAGCAACAACAUCAUUGUUUCAACGUGGUGGUACAUUAAAUCCAGCUGUAUCCAGUCGCAUUGUGGCACAACAACGAGCUGGCGAAUUAAAUCAAAAAUUGAACUACCAAAAACCAGAAGAAGAAGUACAAGUUACUGAGGAUGCAUUCAAGAUAUUUGAAGAAGAAUUAGAAAUAAAUGAUUUUCCACAAAAUGCCCGAUGGAAAGUUACAAGCAAAGAAACAUUGGCACAUAUUUGUGAUUAUGCUGAUGUUGGUAUGUCAGUACGUGGUCAAUAUUAUCCAAAUAAUAAAGAAGUUGCAGCAGGUGAUAGAAAACUUUAUUUACAAAUUGAAUCAUUAACUGAACGCGGUCUUCAACUUGCUAAAGCAGAAGUUGCUCGAUUAAUUAAAGAAGAAAUGAUGAAAAUGCAAAAUCCAGCUUUACAACUUGUCAAUCGUGGUCGAUAUAAAGUUAUUUAA